ACACACACACACACACUCACACACACACAUGCACACAUGCACACACUUCGCAUGAAAUGUAUCUUAAAUGUCUUUCCUCUUGCGGGUAAACACCCAGCGUUUCCCUGUUUAUUGAAGAGUGGAGGAGAUUCGAACUUGUGUCGUGCGCUGGAAAGUCAAGUCGUGAAUGUGGAGGCCUGCAUGGUGGUAGAGACCUUGGUGAAGAAAAACGUUUCUUUGGUCCUGCUAUGGUGGUCUCGCGUUCUCCUCAUUUCAUGACUGGCGUUUGGGAAAACGAAUUUACGGUAUUCGUUCGCCAUAUCGCGAUUCAUUUUACGACCCCGGUACAUUACGGUUUGUUUCUCUAGAUGACUGUUGAAAAAAGGAUAACUUGUGAGACUCUGUUGCUGUACAGUCAGCCUAGGAAAUCAUUGCAACAAAUUCUGAUGUUUUAUUUUUGUAAGUACCGUACCUAUGUGUCUCCCCUACUCUUUAAGUGUACUCCAGAGUGUUUAUAAAACAGUGGUAGUUGUUCUAAAGAGUGUCGGGAGUGUUUAUAAAGACGUAGAAUACGUCAUGGAUAUACAUGGAUUUAUAUCAUUUCCACUUAGCGGGUUUUCUGGAACGUAACCACCUCGGCCAUCGAGAGAAUACUAAAUAUAGUGUAAUAUAUACCGGUGUGACUCAGUAACUCGUGCCCGUGCUAAUGAUUUUGUUUAUCUGAUCGUCAAGGGGGGAAAGCUUUGUAUAACUGGAACGUUAGCAAGUGGUUCAAACUGUCGACGCCGGCACUUAUAUUAUGACCGAUUUGUGUGUUGAAAGUGCCGUAAAACGCUUACUUAAAAAAUAAUAUUGGCCUGUGUUCGUUUUUAGAAAGGACUGCCUUGUACUGGAAAAGAUAAAAAUGAAGGCGGUGUUGAUUUUAUGAGGUUUUGUUUUGAAAGACUGUUAUGAUCAAAAUGUGAUCAUGUGAGAUUGUUUUGAUCAAAAUGUGGCCAUGUGAGAUUGUUGUGAUCAAAUUGUGUUAAUGAUAGGUUGUUAUGAUCAAAAUAUGUUCGUUUUAUUAGCUUAUGACAGGAAAUGUAAAAAUGUUGUUUCUGAUCAAAAUGCAGACACCGGUUGUUUCGUAAGGUUUUAUUGUGGAAUGGAAAAGAUAGAAUUAUAUGAUAGACUGUGUCCGUUUUUUAUUGAGGUUCUGUUGUAAAAUUUUAAUGUUUUACGUUUAUGAGUUUAUGCUGUGAAAUGGAAUAAUAAGUAAAAAAAUACAUGUAUUUAAGACCUUGUUAGUUAUGAGAUUCUGUUGAUAUGCAGUUUUCAUUUAAUAAUAAUAUAUUGUGUUGUCAAAUGUAGAAAUGUAAUUGAUUUAAAAUGGAGGGAGUGUUAGCUUUUUGACGUUCUGUUUUCGAAUGUGGAAAUUUUAUUAAUCAAAGUGCAAGCGGUAUUAACUUUCUAAGAUUCUGUGGUGAAAUUUAAUAGUCUACAGACAGCGUUAGUUUUAUAAGAUUCUGAUGUGAAAUAUGGAAAUAUACAUUAUAUAUCAGAAUGGGACAGUGUUACUUUUCUGAGAUUGUGCGGUGAAAUUUUAUAAUCUACGUUCAGGCAGCAUAAUUAGUUUUAUGGGACCCUAAUGCGAAGUAUGGAAUUCGGAAAUGUUAAUGAUCACGUGCGGUGAUGUUAGUUUUAUGACAUUCUGCUGAGGGUCGUUUUGUGGAGUUCUGUUGUGAAAUGUUGUAACUUACUGAUUUCCACACUGGGAGUUUUGAGAAUAUUUUUACCUCGUGCAUUCCAAGCUUUUCUGUGAAUGUCUCCUCUUGCCUUUUUAUAUUGGAUUCCGUGAACACAUGUAGUUGACACGACAACAGAUAAUAACAAUAUGCUUACGUUGAGAAACAUGGCCAACACGCAGCCGGGCCUGGGUGAGAACACCCGCCUGCUGCCCAACUCCCGCGCCCCCGGCAGAGACUCCCAGGGCUCCGGGACGUCAGGCUCGGACAACGUGACUUCACACGCCCCCAACAUGGCGUCCCACUCCCACAACAACAUGGCGUCCCACUCGAGCAGUAACACGGCGACCACCUCCAACGGAUCUGCUGGAGGCGACAGCUAUGAGGAGCUGUUUAAGGACAGUGUGCCCUGUCCGUCCUGUAGAGGGUUGGGACGUGUGCCUAAAGCAUCCUGUAUGUGGCCAUCGCGGUGAGCCUGUGUGUGGUCACCGGGGGUCUCCUCAUCUUCUUCCUCAUGCCCCGAGACAUCGUCAUCUCUAGCAACAGGCCCUUCCUACAGCCCAAGCACAUCGACAUCAAUUCUACAUCAAGGUUCGCCAACUUUACUGUCACGAAUCACUACAACGUGUCCAACAACAACUUCUACCCUGUGAAGAUCUCCGGGGUGUACAUGAAGUCUCUAUACAGUAACGCCAUCAUCGCUCAGGCUUGGGCCUAUAAGAAGGACCCGCUCGAGAUCUCGGCACGGUCAGAAGAGGAGCUUUCAGUGCCCAUAGACUUUGUACUCAGCGGGGAGCACGGAAGUCUUGUGUCCCACUGUAUCAGCAACUGGUCCUGGAUUCACAACCUGCCCAUCUUAUUUGAAGUGACCACCAACUACACUUACAUGGGCCACUCAGAGCAAGCCACACUGACCACCUUCCAGACGGUCAGCUGCCACCCAGAACCUCCCCCAAAACCUUCCACGAUUAGACCGCCCAGCACCACGCCAACCAGCACCCCGGCAACAUCGACGUCCACGAAGCCGUCAACCUCCACAGCACCGAAGUCGACACCAGAGAGCCCUUCUACUCAGGUGCCGCCCUCCUUGUCACACAGUCAUGCUGACGACAGACCUACCACUGUCAGAUGAUGACAGACUAGACACUGUCAGAUGAUGACCGACCUGAUAGAUGACGACAGACCUGACACUGUCAGAUGAUGACAGACCUACCACUGUCAGAUGAUGACAGACCUGAUUAAUGAUGACAAGACUUGGUAGAUGACGACAGACAACAGACUUGAAAAAUGAUGACAGACCUGACUCUGAACAGAUGAUGUCAGACCUGACAAUGAACAAAUUAUGUCAGACCUGAACUUGUAUGAUGAUGACAGCCCUAAACUUGUAAGAUGAUGACGGACCUCACACUGAACAGAUGAUGUCAGUUCUGAACUUGUAAGAUGAUGAAGACCCUGAUAGAUGAUGACAGACCUGGUAGAUGACGACAGACCUGAUAAAUAACAACAGACCUGACACUGAACAGAUGAUGACAGACCUGACACUGUCAGAUGAUGACAGACCUGACACUGUCAGAUGAUGACAGGCCUGAUAAAUAAUGACAGCCCUGAUACUGAACAGAUGAUGACAGACCUGACACUGAACAGAUGACGACAGACCUGACACUGAACAGAUGAUGACAGACCUGAUAAAUGAUGACAGACCGAAUAGAUGAUGACAGACCUGAUAAAUGAAGACAGACCUGAUAGAUGGUGAUAGGGUUGUCCUUGUAAGAUGUUGACAGACCUGAUAAAUGAUGACAGACCUGACUCUGAACAGAGGAUGACAGACCUGAUAGAUGGUGAUAGGGUUGACCUUGUAAGAUGUUGACAGACCUGAUAAAUGAUGAGAGACCUGAUAAAUGAUGACAGACCUGACUCUGAACAGAGGAUGACAGACCUGAUAGAUGGUGAUAGGGUUGACCUUGUAAGAUGUUGACAGACCUGAUAAAUGAUGAGAGACCUGAUAAAUGAUGACAGACCUGAUAGAUGAUGACAUACCUGAUAAAUGAAGACAGACCUGACACACUGAAUAGAUGGUGACAGACUUGACACUGAACAGAUGAAGACAGACCUGACACUGUCACAUUAUUACAGACCUAACAUAGAUAAUGACAGACCUGACACUGACAGUAAAUCGUCGCCGGCAUUCAUCAUUGUCGUAAGUCAAAAUUUCGAAAAAAUGAAAAUCUAAUAUGUUGUAGAGUUUUAUGAGCCGCAUCUUUUGAUCCAGGUUUCGUUCAUCUACGUAAAAUAGUAACGGGUAUGGAAGCAUAAAACAUUUUGUAUUAAGAUAAAGUCGAAGAAUAUCGUCACUGAACAUUGUAUCAAGUCGACUUACUACAAAGUAACAGCUACUGAGGCAUGUCGUAUGUCGACAUACGACAUUAUUACUUGUCGAAUUUCACGCACUUCCUCAUCAAAUGUACCAAGUUUGUACUGACAUACUACAUUAUGCCUCUUGCUGGAACAGUGUAUUGAAAUGCUCGCAUUCGCCGUUGAAUCAGUUCUAAAGGUAUAUUUCGGGUGGAAAUCUGACGUGCGUUGACCCAAACAAUACCAGUGUCUUUUGACUUACUGAGGAAUGGCUGUGAAAUAGAGUCUGAUCUCAGAGAAGACGGUGGCUUGCCACACGCCCAUGGGUGUGUAUUGUGAAAGGAAAGCCAAGCAAUACUGCCAAACCAGAGCACGGAGACGCUCACAGAACUGCAGCCAACAGACAGUUCAUUAAAUGAAAAUGCUAGUCUAGGAAAUAAUCCUUCUCAGGCCAGUAGCAUGCAUUCUGAUAUUUUUGUCAUUAGAGAUUUAAUUGAGGAUAUGAUAAACAAAGUUACCACGACCAUUCACAAUAACCCUAAUGCACCCUCUGUGACAAAAACCACUGAAGACAAACGUCCUGACGCACUCACAGAUCAUCAUGGCACACAAGCUACAGUGGAAUGACGCAAAAGGCCUGUAAAUAAACGGAAGGAGAAAAAGGAUUUGUAAAACUUAGGGAAAGGCUACAUAAUUAUGCAAAAAGAAAGACUGUUGGGGUUGGCUGCAAUCCAGAUACUUACAAGCGACGUUGCAAGGAAAAAAUCGCAGAAGAGCAAGGAACCGAAAUUUUGAAAUCUUUUUGGGAGCUUGGACAACCCCAGAUGUGUUGGGAUUUUAUAGUAACAACCGUCAGAGAUGCUGAGCCAAAGUAUAGGCGUACAGGCACUGUUAGACCAAAGGGAACCUCAAGAUAUUACAAUCAACAAUGGUUACGAAACAAUAGACUGUAAAAAGUUCUUCUUACAUACAUAGAGCACUGCAGUAACUGUUUUGUUAAUACAUGCCCAGCUCUUGGGGAAAAGACUUAAGUUGGAUUUGUUGAAGCAGACGAGAGCGGACGCAAUUCAAAUGGCAAAGAGACGAGGGCAACACGCAUUACAUACCUAUCCAGUUACAGUAUUUUACACUCUGAACCUUGGCCUCCAUCGACCAAAGGAAGAUACAUGUGCAGCUUGUUCUGCGUUCGAUAACAGUGAAAACAAGACUGAAGAAAUUAAUGAAGAUAGAAGAUACGAAUCACAGAGAGGAAAUUGCAGCUGCAAGCCAGUACAGAGACAACCUCAAAGAAGAAGUGCCAAAUGACAAGACGGUUGCUGCCGCUACCUUUGAUCUGGAAGAAGUUUUGCCACUUCCUAAAUCAAAUGAGGGUGACAUUUACUACAUGGGACAACUGAAUAAAGUACAACUUGAGUGUUUAUGGGUUUCAUGACAAGACAGGCUACAGUUACCCUUAGAAUGAAACUACCACAAGACGUGGCGCUAGAGACAUUGCCUCGUGCAUGAUGAAGUAUCUAGAAUGGCUAAAUAGGUCAGGAUCCCUCAAAACAGUUAGGUUGCUGUCAAAUUCUGCUGGUGGACAGAACAGAAAUCGACCGUUAAUGAUGAUGUUGUGGUGGGCUGUAAAACAUUUAAAAUUUGACUUUGAGGAGAUCCACCAUGUCUUCUUUGUAAGAGGUCACUCUAAACAUGAAAUUUACUCAAUUCAUGCCAGGAUUGAGGCGGCUAGCCAAGCAUGUCAGUGUGUGGACAACUCCACAGUGGGCUACAGUCAUUUAAGGGGCUAAUAGAAACAUAUCACAUUAUAAAGUGACAGAGAAGGUGACGGAGGACGUUUGGGAUUUCAAGAGCAUGAGUUCAUCAACAUGAACAAGACCACUGAUCGUAAAAAUGCAAAGUUCCAGCAAAUCCGCAUGUAUUCGGUUCGCAAGGGUGACCCCUUUGUCACUAUCAAGUAGUCCAUGAAUGCACGACCGGUGGAAAUGAACCUGCUGACAUGAAUCCUUCCCGGAGUCCAGAACCAGCAUAUUCAGCCCCAUUGGGAAUUGAUUCCAGAAAGAGCAAAGACCUGCGUGCGAUGUGUGACAGACAAAUCAUUCCCACAGCACACCAUGCUUUUUACAAGAGUUUAACUAUAGGAGAGGCUGCUUAUCCGGCAGAUUCAGAGUAUGAGUCGAACUGAAAAGUAAUGGAAGAGUGCUGUCAGAAUUUUCAGAGGAAUUGAAACUUCUGCCACCUGCCUUGUCUUCGUUGAUCGUUAUUGUUAAUCUUUGUACCUCUUGAAUAUUUUUACAAUCAACAUUAUGAGCAUAAAAGUCUCCUUCAGGGUUUGUUGGAAGUUUAAUCUUGUGUUUGUAGAUUUUAAAUGCAUAUGUGUUUUUCUUGACAUGAUUUGACAUUGAUCUCACAUUGCCAUAACAUUCUUAAACUUUGAGUACAUAUUGUUGCCGUUACUUAAUGCUUUUAAGCUUCUUGGAUCAAAAAGAAUACUUAUUAUACAUGUAUGAACUAGUCAUAUACUGUUGAGAUACAGAUGAAUGUACCCUAUUCUCAUUUUUCUGUUUAUUUAUCAUUUAGAAAACUUAAGACCUGAAAA